CCCCAGACAUGGCGUCGCCCGACACCGCCCACGGCCUCCUGCGUAAGAGCACCAAUGACCCGUCGCCAGCCAAGAUGAUCCGGAUGACCUUGACGGUUGUGACAGUGUAUUCUCUGUGUUGGCUUCCCCUCAACGUUCUCAUAACAACGUUAGACUGGUACGAAGAAGCGCUGGAAUGGGUCCACCUUCACCACGUCUGGUUCGUUUUCCACUGGCUCGCCAUGUCGCACGCGUGUUACAACCCCCUCAUCUUGUGCUGGAUGAAUACCAAGUUCAGGGAGGGAUUCCUCAACGUGUUUUACCACCUGCUGCCCUGCUGUCGGGAGCGGAUCGCCGAGUGCCUGCUGAAGCUGCGCCAGACGUCGGGGUUGCAGCGCGCGUAUACUUACAGCACGGCGCUGGGAAGCUCACGCACGUCCAGGAACCAGAGGUACGUCGACGACCCACUGCAGCGCCGCGGGUCCUGCUGCUCCUCGACGGGCUUUGUCCCCCUCCUGCAGCCGGCCGCGGACGUCCCUCUCAGGGUGUUCUGCACGUGCUCCCUCCAGGCCUCCGCCAACGGCGUCAAUCGCUGCGGGGGGCGAGUCAGCACCUCCGCCUCGGACUUGCAAAUCCGCGCCGCCGACCUCCAGCACUACCACAUCGGCGGCAGAGGGGAGGCUGAGAGGGCCAGGGCGAGGAUGCAGUUCCUGGAGGUGCCACAGCUGCAGCACCAGGGGGGCCAGGGCAGGGCCGUCGAGUCUAAGGUGUGAGAGGCUCGAGGCGGGGCCCUCGGCCCUAUUCGUAGUCUUAUUGCUGGUGCUGGUCUCUCCUUUUCUUGUUCUUUUUUAUCCUGUCUCUUUGGAUACAUGCAUACGUACAUACACAAACACACACACA